AUUAAAAAAAAAAAUCGGUGGUUGUCUCGUAAAUGAAACAAUUAUAUCCAAGUUAAAAAUCUUAAGAAAAGGGUCGUUUUCAAUUAUCAUUGGAUUUUUCUGUUAGAUUCAGGUAAACCGUCACUUUGAAAACUUCCAUUGGCUACUCCCUUCCUCUCUUCCCCCCACCCUCUAUCUCUCUCUACAUAAAGCCGUGGGUUCCCGUCAUUCAUUUCUCAUCAGUGGCACAAUACACUCUCUUGGUUAUAGCAUCGGGAUAUAGGAUCUGGGGAUUUAGAAAACUAUUUCUCAAGUGAAAAAAGCACACGUUUUUAAUCAAAAUCUGUUGAGAAUCUGUUUCUUUUGUGGAUUUUUUAGGUCAAGAUCACUAUUCACAAUAUAUUUGGUCUGGGUUCUCGGUUCUCUGUUCUCGAUCGAUUGAUUGGAAGAUAGUUUAUUUUCGGUAUUCUCUGCUGAAAAUUUUCGUUAAGAGAGGCUUCACAGAGAGGAUUACUUGGAUCUUUUCGAGAGUUUGGAGUUAGUAUGAAAAUUUGAGGUGGGGUUUUGGUAAAUUCAUUUAUCAAUGGCAAGAGAAGAUUUUAUUGAACUCAAAUUCAGGCUGGCAGAUGGUACUGAUAUUGGGCCAAGCAAAUAUAGUCCCGCGACAACAGUGGCAACUCUCAAAGAAAAGAUAAUUGCACAGUGGCCAAAAGAUAAAGAAAAUGGUCCAAAUACUUUAAAUGAUGUGAAACUCAUAAAUGCUGGAAAGAUACUGGAAAACAACAGGACACUUGCUGAAUCCAGACUUCCAGUCAGUGAACUUCCAGGAGGUGUCAUCACCAUGCAUGUUGUUCUGCGUCCUCCCAUGCCAGACAAAAACAGUGACAAGCUGCAGAAAGAUUCUACUAAAAAGACAGGGUGCUCAUGCUCAUUCUUGUAGUUGCAAUUGACCAAAAUUGCUGACGCUUCUUAUUCUGGGGUUGUUUCCUUUUCAAGCAUAUCAGUAGAUGAUAGUUGAUAUGCAGUUUAGAAGCCAGUCAUUUUUCCAGAACUCUGCAUCAUUUGGCUUCAGAAAGGCUUGGACUAUAUGUUUCAGGAACUUAUAGUUUCAAGUGGCCUCAAAGCCUGAGGCAUGAAAGACUGUGACCGAGACUCUUCUGUUGCUUUAGUCUUUGGUUUCCUUGGAAAAUUACUCCUUAGCUCCUCUGUUAGUUGUGAAUGCAAAAAAGGAAUUAAUAUUAGUGAAUUGGAAGUUGAGUUGAUUGGGAGGGAAAAAAAAGAAAGACCCGAUAGUUUUGAUUUGAUUUGUCUGUAAUCUGACAGCUUAUGAAAAGUUACAGAAUAAAUUUUCAUCUGACAGAUGAAGUUGAUUUUAACUUCAUAUUUUCAUUUGAUCGCACAAUUGCUGCUUCUGAAAUACUGACGAACGUUAUUGUUUUCUGGGAAAGUGUUUUUUCUCAAAUUGGAUUGAUCAAGCGAGCUGAAGGUUGCGGGGAGGUCUUGAUUUGGAUGAUGCUGUUUCAGCAACUGGAGAAUCUCUGGUCAAAGAAUACUAUAUGGCAUAUGAUAUUUUCGAACUUUACAUAACCUGUCUGUUAACUGAAUUGUCUUUUAGUGAUCAAGAUUCUCUGUACCACAAUAAACCGUGAAGCCAGCUUUAAUAUGGAUGAUAUGCUUAAUUUUAUCACUGUUUCUCAA